CUGAGUGCCGCCGCCCGCCGGGCAUGGGGAACUGCUUCCUGGGCGGCUGCGGCAGCGGAGGAGGAUGGUCUCGGCGAGCCUAGCGCUCGAAAGGAGUGAAUGAAAUGUGCAGCUCGGGGUGUCAUUUCUGAAGGGAGGAGUCGUUUUCUUGGAGAGGAGUCCUCAAUGAGCCUGGCCGAGGCCCGGGAUCUGUGUGAAGUGGACUAAGGAUUUAGUAGGAUGUCAACUGAGACAGAACUUCAAGUAGCUGUGAAAACCAGCGCCAAGAAAGACUCCAGAAAGAAAGGUCAGGAUCGCAGUGAAGCCACUUUGAUAAAGAGGUUUAAAGGUGAAGGGGUCCGGUACAAGGCCAAACUGAUUGGGAUUGAUGAGGUUUCCGCAGCUCGGGGAGACAAGUUAUGCCAAGACUCCAUGAUGAAACUCAAGGGCGUUGUUGCUGGCGCUCGUUCCAAAGGAGAACACAAACAGAAAAUCUUUUUAACCAUCUCCUUUGGAGGAAUCAAAAUCUUUGAUGAGAAGACAGGGGCCCUUCAGCAGCAUCAUGCUGUUCACGAAAUUUCCUACAUCGCCAAGGACAUCACAGAUCACCGGGCCUUCGGAUACGUUUGUGGGAAGGAAGGGAAUCACAGAUUUGUGGCCAUAAAAACAGCCCAGGCGGCUGAACCCGUUAUUCUGGACUUGAGAGAUCUCUUUCAACUUAUUUAUGAAUUGAAGCAAAGAGAAGAAUUGGAAAAAAAGGCACAAAAGGAUAAGCAAUGCGAACAAGCUGUGUAUCAGACAAUUCUGGAAGAGGAUGUUGAAGAUCCUGUAUACCAGUACAUUGUGUUUGAGGCUGGACACGAGCCAAUCCGUGAUCCCGAAAUGGAAGAAAACAUUUAUCAGGUUCCCACCAGCCAAAAGAAGGAAGGUGUUUAUGAUGUGCCAAAAAGUCAACCUGUAAGUGCUGUGACCCAGUUAGAACUUUUUGGGGACAUGUCCACCCCUCCUGAUAUAACCUCUCCCCCCACUCCUGCAACUCCAGGUGAUGCCUUUAUCCCGUCUUCAUCUCAGACACUUCCGGCGAGUGCAGACAUGUUUGGUUCUGUACCUUUCGGCACUGCUGCUGUACCCUCAGGUUAUGUUGCAAUGGGCGCCGUCCUCCCAUCCUUCUGGGGCCAGCAGCCCCUUGUCCAACAGCAGAUCGCCAUGGGUCCUCAGCCACCAGUCGCUCAGGUGAUGCCAGGGGCUCAGCCCAUCGCAUGGGGCCAGCCGGCUCUCUUCCCUGCCACUCAGCAGCCCUGGCCCACCGUGGCCGGGCAGUUUCCGCCAGCCGCCUUCAUGCCCACACAAACUGUUAUGCCUUUGCCAGCUGCCAUGUUCCAAGGUCCCCUCACCCCCCUUGCAACCGUCCCAGCCACGAGUGACUCCGCCAGGUCAAGUCCACAGACCGACAAGCCCAGGCAGAAAAUGGGGAAAGAAAUGUUUAAGGAUUUCCAGAUGGCCCAGCCUCCACCCGUGCCCUCCCGCAAACCCGACCAGCCCGCCCUCACCUGCACCUCAGAGGCCUUCUCCAGUUACUUCAACAAAGUCGGGGUGGCACAGGAUACAGACGACUGUGAUGACUUUGACAUCUCCCAGUUGAAUUUGACGCCUGUGACUUCUACUACACCAUCGACCAACUCACCUCCAACCCCAGCCCCUAGACAGAGCUCUCCAUCCAAAUCAUCUGCAUCCCACGCCAGUGAUCCGACCACCGAUGACAUCUUUGAAGAGGGCUUUGAAAGUCCCAGCAAAAGUGAAGAGCAAGAAGCUGAGCUGGAGCCUCUUUAUGCGCAGAUCAACAAAUCUAAGAAAUAGCAUCAAUGCGGGCUUGUGGCGGGUGCUUCAAGACUGGCAUGGAAAUCAGCAUCGCGACAGGCUCUGUUGUAUUCUUUCACCUCACCUCAUCCCACGAAGAAAUUCAUGAUUGCCCAAUGGAACUCGUUUGGAAGAGGGAACUAAGAGUUUUUGGCAACCACUGGCAGAUAUCUAUGGCAGCACAAAAACAAACACACAAAAGCAUAAAAAAUCAUACCCAACGUUAAAUCACAAAUCAAGCAAAUGCUUACUUGACAAAGAGUCUAAGCUCUCUUAACACGUGGGUUUAAGAUGACCCAGUAUGUGAAACCAUAGUUCUCUUUUUAUUUCUCUACCGGUUGGCCACUGUAAAGACAUCAAAUUUGGAGUGACAGGCCUCAGAGAGUUACAUCAGGGUUGGCACUGACGUCAUUUAGGCAAAAGUAAGAGGUCUCUGUCACCACAAUAUCAUCAUCCAUAUGCCUUUCCAAAUAGGAUGAUGUAUUUACAUGACUCCACAAGGCCUGGUCUGCCAUUUUUUCCCCUUUCCUUUCUUUGUCAUGUUUGAAAAUUAAUGGGUGUACGAAUUUUUGUAUUGCUUUUGACUAUUUUUAGGUAUUGGUGAAGAAAUCUAACUGGGAAAAAAAAAAAAAACCUCAUAUGAAAUGAAUUAACUUGAAAUCACAAGACAGAUGAGUGGUCGAUGAUUCUUUUUGAUCAAGAAUGUUGCCAAAACAACCCUUUAGCUCUUCUGCAUCCUGGUGAAGAAAGACAGCUUUCGGUUUAACCUUCACUCUGUGAGUAGGAAAGGACAUCGAAUCCCAUUGAUGAGAAAGAAGAAAAAUGCAUCUGAUUUCCUCAGAAGCUCUAAACUCUAAGUCCAAUAAAAUGAGAUUUUUUAUUUUUCCGAUAUCUUGCUGCUGUGACGCUAUGCAGACAGUGUCUUCUCCAUGUGCCAUUUUCAAAGAAAAGUCAUUUGCCAAAUAAUUAUGGUACAAUCCUGGUAAUGUGGUUUGAGAUCUUAAAAACCGACUUUCUAAUAGAACAAUAGUGACAUGAAUUUUCAGAGUAACAAACUGAUUCCGUGGUCACAAUGGUUCAUCUCUAUCUCUUUUUCUACAUCAGAAAAUUCAAAUGGGAUUUUUAUUUUAUAACUUGAAAAAAAAAAAAAACCUUACCAUUAAACUCUUUAAAUAUUUAAGGGAAAUGGCUUUAAGGAGUUCUAAUGAAAAAAAAUUGCCAGUUUUUUUUUUGUAAAUAUAAAUGUUAAUGAAAAUGCUUUUUAAUAAUGCCAUUACACUGUAGAGAAGGUAGCAGAUUGAGUGCAAGAUGUGACAAACUUGAUGGAUGGGGCUCACUUUCCAGAUGUUACUCUGGAGUGUAUGGUAGGAAGCUGGAGUUCAGGGGCAGCUGGCAGGUGCUGUCGGCCAAUCAGCAUCUAGUGAUCAGGAAGGGAGCACGUGACUCCAUCAGCUAAUCUAAGCCUUUCCUCAAGAGUACCGGCCCUCUGCAUAAAACAAGAAAGAGACAGUUCACGCUCUGAAGGCCUGUCCUUCAGAUUCUGAAACUCCCUCCCACUUCUCCACUCCCAGUGACCCCCGUAGACAUCACUGGACUGUUUGUAUGUGAAACAGAAGAGUUUAAGCUUCCUUUUUUUACAUUUAUGAGACAAAAAGUGCAGUGUUCGGUUCGUAUGUUUAGCACAUGAUUUUCAUAAAGAAUCUAUAUAUUUUUUGCCCUACAGAGAAUUGUUCUACAGGUCAAAUGUGUUUUCCUGAUGUUCCUAUGCAGUUACAGUAUGUUGAAUUUAGUGGUUUAACACUAAGAAGAAAACUUUAAAAAAUCAUGUGAUGAAUUGGAUUGGGGGUGGGGGUGAUUAUUCUUAACUUGGUUUUAAAAUUUGAAAAGUAGGAUUUACCUUGAUAUGAAUGACUUCAAUUGACCUGUGUACUUUGAUUCUUCAUAUCAAUAGAAACUAAAAUGGUUUGGAAGAAGGUAUACUUGGUGACCAAGAAAAAAAUUGAUAAGUCAAGGUGAUUGGUACUGUUUGAAGCCCAAGUUUUACACUAUCAGGUCACUGGAAUCUGAAUGUUUUCCAGUUAACUGGAAAAAUGUCCAUUACAGAAUAGAUGUGUCACCCUAAUGUGCAAAGUCUAAAGAACCCGAAAGGUGAAAAGGGCCAUUUACCUUCCUCUGUAGCUGUCACAUGUUGGUCGACAUGAUUUCUUCAGGAAUGUGCAUACCUUUGAUGAGUUGAUCCUUCCACAUGAAGGGGAAAAUGGGAAAGGUGUGAUAACCAUGAGAGCUGUCCUGAGACCAGUUCAACUGUGUUUUCUGAGGAUUUGAUGAGAUAGGCAGUUCCCAUGGGGAAAUGACUUAAAUUGCUCUGUUGUCCAUGAUUCUGAUUCUAAACCAGUGGUGCUAUCUUCUCCCUCAAUAUGGCUGUCUUGAGUUUGUCUUGCAGUAUCACACCCUUCCACUGAUUCUGUGGGUUGCUUCUGACACAUUCAAAGUGAACUCUGGCUGAUGUUGCUAUUUCAGGUACACCGUAUGGAGCUCAUUUCAUAGAAGAAAGUGACAGCCCAGUGGACUUGUCAUCAUUCACUGAAUGUGGUUGAAAAUGUAACUGGCUCUGAACUUAAAGAAGAUGGCCCCUGUGAUUCAUUAAAGUGAGCAGAAUAAAGUCAAGAUUUUAAACUGCCAUCCAUGUUAUCACUGGCAGAAUUCUGCUGUUUAAUAAGCACUGUUUGGGGAACUCAGAACCACCGUAUCCUAUCCCAGGAAUACAGUGAAAUUUCCAAAUAAGAGCUGAGGUGCCGAUACCAAAAGGCCAUGGGGGAGUCUGCACAGUUCCAGUUAGAUUAGUAGAAAAUCCAUAUGUACAACUGUUAAUUCCUCAUUCUUCACUAGCACGAAAUUUGUCACUUUAAAUUUUGAAACCAGGGAAACACCACCUGUCAUUCUGUCCCCAUUCCCCAUAGCUCUCUGAUCUUUACAUGCCACAAGACUUUUUUGAUAAUUCGUACUCAUCCCAGUGUCUACUGAAACCCCAUCAUGUAAUGUACCGGGCACCUUCUUUAAAAAAAAAA